CGGGUUCAGGGCCUUUCUUGUUGCCUCCUCCUCCUUUGGCUCGGAUUGUACAUAGAGCCCAGAUGGGCUUGGUCAGGAGCUGGGUCUGGUACUGGUUGGAGGCUGUGACUUGAGGCACAAUGUUAGGCGAGGAGUAGUUUACAAAGCGAGUCCAAAUGUUGACUUGAUACCAUUUGGAGUGACAAAAUAUAUAUUGCAACACUUAAAACAAUGACUGAUAUUAAUAAAACAGUACAAAAAUGGCACGCAAGUUUCAAAAAAGGUACAGACUUCGAUUCCUGGGGACAGUUAGUGGAAGCUAUCGACGAGUACCAAAUAUUAGCCAGGCAUUUGCAGAAGGAAGUGCAGUCAACAACCAACUCUUCUGAACUCUCAGAGGACCAAAAGAAAACACUUGGCAAAAUCGCAACAUGCCUUGAAUUACGAAGCACAGCUUUGCAGACGGCACAGACUCAGGAAGAAUUCAAAUUGGAAGAUCUAAAGACAUUAGAACCAAUUAUAAAGAACAUUCUUUCUUAUAACAAAGAUUUUCCUUUUGACGUUCAACCUGUCCCUAUAAGGAAAAUCCUGGCACCUGGAGAAGAGGAGAACUUGGAGUUUGAGGAAGAGGAUGAGGCUGGAGCUGGAGUUGGAUCACCUGAUCUUUUCACCACCAGAGUUCCAGGAGCUGCUGAAGGUACUCUUCUACCACGCUUACCAUCAGAGCCAGGCAUGGCACUGCUCACUAUAAAAAUAGAAAAAAUUGGUCUGAAGGAUGCAGGACAAUGUAUUGACCCGUAUGUAACAGUCAGUGUAAAAGAUAUCAAUGGGGUAGAUCUCACUCCUGUACAAGAUACACCAGUUGCUACAAGAAAAGAAGAUAUGUAUGUACAUUUUGCUGUUGAUGUGGAAAUUCAAAAACACAUAGAGAAACUGCCAAAAGGUGCUGCUAUUUUCUUUGAAUUCAAACAUUAUAAACCUAAAAAGAGAUUUACGAGCACAAAAUGUUUUGCUUUUAUGGAAAUGGAUGAAAUAAAAGCUGGACACAUAGUUAUAGAACUAUACAAAAAGCCAACAGACUUCAAGAGAAAAAAGUUGCAUUUGCUGACCAAGAAACCACUGUAUCUUCACCUCCAUCAAACAUUGCACAAGGAGUGAUUGUGCUGUAGUACAUGAACAAAUAUUGUGGUAAAUGUGUAUGUAUACAACAGAACUAGCACUGUGUAGCACAUUUAGGAAACAGUACUUGCAAUAAAAACACUGCAUCAUUGUUAACUGUUCCAUGAAGACAUCUAAAGUCCAAGCUGCUGCAAUUCAGGAAAAUAUUUCAAGCUGAUGUCAUUUUUAUAUCAUUUCUAUAAACUAAAUGGUAAUUCUGCCAACAUUCCAGGAUUAAUCAGUGUGCUGAAGUAUGAAAAAAUGCCUACACUACCUGUGGUAGCUAAUACAGCAUGUGUUAACUUAUUUAAAUUGUUAGAACUGCUGAAAUCUUUUUGGCUACCUUUGCUAUGCUGCUUUAAGGCAGCAGCUUUCUGUUAAUGAUUACACAAAGUGAGAAAGGGAACAAUCAAGUCCACAAAUGAAGUAUCUUAUUUUGACGUACAAGUGAAUGAUGAAUGUUAUGUAGUGGUACUUUCAGUAGACCCUUCUUGCUGUUUGGAUCAAAAGUCACUCCAGUGCUUAUGCUAGAAAUGUAUCUGAAGUACCAGUGGUGUGUUUGGUCAAACAAUAUUCUUAUCAUUGCACUACAUCUGCAUGUAGCAGUGUUCAGCAUUGUCUCCCAACAAUUUGUGAAAUUUAUCAUGUAUAGAAAGAGGGAAAUAACUCCUUUGACUCAUUGUGCUAACCUGUAUAUGCAGUAGCCCUUACCAACAGUGACUUACAUGUAAUAAAGAGAAUGGGGCAAGAAUAGUACUGAGGAAUGUUCAUUAACAACCCAGUAAUUUUAAUCUUUAUUAAUAAAUUUUCUCAAUAGUAAAAUAA